AUGGACAAAGUGCUUCUGGAGAGAAACAAAAAGUAUAUUCAAGAGCAUCCCAGCAAAGCAGGUUCCAUUGUACCAUACCCACGACGUCGGGAAGAACAUAAAUUCCUUGACCCCUGCAUACGCGACUCCUAUUUAAAGAGACGGAAGAUCGAAAUUGAAGCCUCGCGACGAGAGGAUCGACCAUAUGAAAAUCCUCCCAUUCUGCUUGAUCCCCCAUCCGACAACGAAACCGACGUAAACCUUCUUCGAAAGGUGGCAGAGAAUUGGAACGAUGAUGAACGCGCCUCAGACAUUGACUCAUACGACACAGAUGGGGAGGAAUCCGAUGACUCAUUCGGGACGAACGAGUCUUAA